AUGGAGGCAAAGUCGGGACCAUCCGGCUCCGGGCUGAACCUCGUGGCCCACCCUCGCGCCAAGAGCAAAGUCUGGAAGUACUUUGGUUUUGACACAGAUGCCGACGGCUGCAUCUUGCACUGGAAGCGGAUCUACUGCCGCGUGUGCAUGACUCAGAUCGCAUACUCUGGUAACACCUCCAACCUGGCGUACCAUUUGGAGAAAAAUCACCCGAUGGAGUACGGAGAGCUUCUCAAAAGCAACACGGACCAGAUGAGGGAAGCGUUCGUCACUGCCAUGGUCAAACCGGUGCUACACAUGAUCAUAAACACCAACCUGAAAACCAAAGAGGGAGAACUGAAGGAAGUCCGUCUAAUCAAAGAGGUCGUUACCAAGGUUUUGAGCAACACCUACUCUGAAAGCUCGCAACAAGAAAUAGCAAUGUUCUUGAAUAUCGCAACAUUCUUAGACCCGAGAUACAAAAAGUUGCCGUUUUUGUCCAACAAAGACCGCGCUAAAGUAGAGUCCAACUUGAUCGAUGAAGCAAAAGCAAUUCUCGAGAAGCAAAACGCAUGCCUCGAAGAUUUCCCCUUUGUGUCAGAUGAGCCGCCAAACAAAAAGCAAGCCACGCACGAUAACCCAUUAGCCGCCAUUUUCUGCCAGUCCGAGUCAGAUCAAGGCCUGGAAGAGCUGAAUUCUCAAGUUUUGGAAGAGAUCGGUAACUACAAAUCUCAGCGUGUGCUUGGUCUGAAUGAGGAUCCGCUCGUGUGGUGGUCCAGUCACGCUACGUUGUUCCCGACUUUGCCGAAGUUGCUGCAGAAGUACUGGUGCGUCCCGGCCACUAGCGCCCCCUGCCACAGACUGUUCAGCUCGUCUGGGACGGUUCUCUGCGGCAAGCGGAACCGCAUCACGCCGGCGUUGGUCAAUCAGCAGGUUUUCCUCUAUGAGAACUCCAGAGGGUACUACGAGCCGGAACAGUGCGACGAGGAAUUGGACAGCGGACGUGUGGCCAUCGUCACCGGGGGAACCAGAGGAAUGGGACUGGAGACCGCCAAACAACUGCACCAGCUGGGCAUGCACGUCAUCAUAGUUGGAAACGAGAGAGAGGAGGGCGAGGAGGUGGUGAAGAAACUCAACGCUCAGAACAACCGCGGAGGAAAAGUUGAGUUUGUUUUCUUGGAUCUGACGUCUUUCAAAUCCAUUCGACAAUUCGCCCACAGCUUCAAGCAGAGGAACCUGCCCUUACACGUCCUCGUCAACAACGCCGGGACGAUGCUGGUCCCUGAGCGUCAGACGGAGGACGGGUUUGAGUUUCACUUUGCCUUGAACUAUCUGAGCCACUUCCUGCUCACCAACCUGCUCCUGGAGACACUGAAGAAUUCUGGGAAACCAGGACGAUCGGCUCGAGUCGUCAACAUGUCCUCCGCCACACACUACGCUGGAGUGAUAGAGCUGGAGGACCUCAACCGACGGGCCCACUACAGCUCCCAUGGUGCGUACGCUCAGUCCAAACUGGCCCUGGUCCUGUUCUCGUACUCGCUCCAGGACCAGCUAAGCUCCGCAGGCUUCAACGUCACGGUGAACGCGGUGGAUCCAGGAAUGGUGGACACAGCGCUAUACGACAACCUGUGGACGUUAGCGCAGAUGCUAAAGAGGCCAGUCGCCAAGAUCCUCUUCAGGGCGGAGGCUCAGUUCGCCCUCCGUGGAAUUACUGACGAUGACACGCGCUAUUACCAUGUCGUCUCGGCGUUCGGGAGCUCCACGGCGACCAGGGCAGUGAGUUUCAUUACUUCUCCUCCAGCCCACGGGAAGUAUGCGGGGAUUAAGGCAUAUCUGCUGAAGAUUUUUGAACUGUCACGAUCCGAACGGGCCCGACGCCUCCUUUCUAUGCAGGGCCUGGGGGAUAGCAGGCCCUCAGAACACAUGGAGGUGAUGUUAAACCUGCUGGGCAGUGAAGAGCCAAAUUUCCUCUUUGUGGAACUGUUUCUGCGACACAUGCCACCUCACGUGCAGACGGCUCUCGCGAAUACAGCCAUUACGGAGCCACGUGCUCUGGCGGAGGAGGCGGACCGGUUCUUCCUGGCCACCCAUCGUUUCGUCCCUGACGUGUUGGCCCCGACACGCAGCUACACCCCCCCUGCUGCGGCCGCUCUGCCUGUUAGGGGGCGCAUGGUGACUGACGGCCCGGCCAGCCCUGGGUUGUGCUACUUCCAUGCACGUUUCGGGGCCAAAGCUAAGAGGAUGCCUUUUGGCCUGAAGAACGCAGCCCAGUCGUUCCAGCGGCUAAUGGACUCGGCACUCAGGGACAUGCCUUUCAUCUUCGUCUACUUGGACAAUGUCCUCGUCGCCAGCUCCUCGGAGGAGGAGCACCUGACACAUCUCCGAGUUCUUUUUACACGGCUCGACCAGCACGGGCUGAUCAUUAACCCGGCUAAGUGUGUUUUUGGGGUGCCGUCCAUAAAGUUCCUCGGGCAUCUCAUCACCAGUGAGGGGGCUGCCCCCCUCCCUUCGAAGGUGGACGCCGUUUCCACUUUUCCACGCCCACGCUCGGCCCGGGGGCUCCGUGAGUUCCUCGGUAUGGUUACCUUCUACCAUCGGUUCAUUCGACAAGCGGCUCACGUAAUGCGCCCGCUCUACGAGGCCCUUAAGGGUAUGACCCCCAACCAGGACGUUGUCUGGACCGCGGCCUUCGAGGACACAAAAGUUGCGUUGUGCCAGGCCACUAUGUUGGUCCACCCGUCACCUGGGGCCCCGGUUGCCCUCACUACUGACGCGUCCGACUAUGCCGUGGGUGCCGUGUUCGAGCAGUGGGUCGAGGGUACCUGGCAACCGCUCGCCUUUUUCAGCCGCCAGCUUGUCCCCAGGGAGCGUAAAUACAGCACCUUUGACAGAGAGCUGCUCGCUGUUUGGUUGGCAAUCCGCCACUUCCGCUUCGUCCUGGAGGGCCGUGAGUUUACGGUUUUUGUUGACCACAAGCCCCUUACAUUCUCCAUGUCUAAGGUGGCCGAGCCGUGGUCCGCCCGCCAGCAGCGCCAGCUGGCGUUCAUCUCGGAGUAUACCACGGACAUACGACACAUUGCCGGCAAAUCCAAUGUGGUUGCGGAUUGUCUUUCCAGGGCGGUCGUUGGUGCGGUCCAGCUCGGACUAGACUACGCGCGUAUGGGUGCAGACCAGGCCGCAGACCGCACCCUUCAGUCCCUCAAGGACUCGGACACUGGACUGCAGCUGGGAAAGGUCGCGGUCGGCGCUUCUGGGGUCAGGUUGUGGUGUGACCUCUCUACUGGCCAGCCCAGGCCUCUGGUCCCCGCCAGCUGGCAGCGGUCUGUUUUUGAGACUAUACACGGCCUGUCCCAUCCUGGCAGAAAGGCAUCUGUUAGGCUUGUAUCGCAAAAGUUCGUCUGGAGAGGACUCAAGAAGGAUGUGUGGGCCUGGGUUGAUUCUUGUGUGGCCUGUCAGCGUGCUAAGGUGCACCGCCAUACCAAGGCCCCGUUAGAACCUUUUGUUGUUCCGGAGAGGAGGUUUGACCACGUUAACAUCGACCUGGUGGGGCCGCUUCCCCCUUCACGUGGUUUCACUUACCUCCUCACGAUGGUAGACAGGACGACGCGCUGGCCUGAGGCUGUUCCCCUCGCCUCUAUCACGGCUGCCGAUGUGGCUCGGGCGUUCAUUGGCACGUGGGUUUCGCGUUUCGGUACGCCCUCUGAUCUAUCCUCUGACCGGGGUGCGCAGUUUACCUCGGAGGUCUGGAACGCUGUGGCGGGGGGUUUGGGUGUCAAGUUGCACCGCACCACCGCAUACCACCCCCAGGCUAACGGACUGUGUGAACGUUUCCACCGCUCUAUGAAGGCUGCCCUUCGGGCCAGCCUGACAGACGGCAACUGGGUUGACAAACUGCCCUGGGUCAUGCUUGGCCUUAGGACCGCCCCCAAGGAGGAUCUGCAGUCCUCGUCUGCCGAGCUUGUUUACGGCCAGGCUUUGCGGGUGCCUGGGGAUUUUAUACCGGAUGCUACGAGACCUUGGUCUGCUACCGAACAGCGGUCCUCCCUGCGGGAGGUGGCCACGGGGUUUGUGCCUGUUCCUACGUCGCAGCACUGCUCCCCUGAGUCCCGGAUGCCCGCUGGCCUCCGCUCUGCGUCGUUUGUUUUCGUCCGCCACGACGCCCACCGUGGACCGCUGCGUCCCCCUUACGACGGCCCGUUUAGGGUUUUGCAGCAUGGGGACAAGAGCCUGGUCGUGGACAUUGGGGGUAGACCUGAAACUAUUUCCGUUGAUAGGAUCAAGCCUGCUCAUGUGGACAUUUCCAGACCAUUGGUGUUGGCCCAGGCCCCACGCCGCGGACGCCCCCCAGUACUUUGUUUCCCUGGUCAGUCGGGAGUUCCUUCGACCGGGACGGUGCCGGCUGCGUCCCCCGCUUCCCUCCCCUCAGCCCCUGCCACUUGUACUCGGAGUGGUCGGGCCAUCAUUCCAUUCCGGAGUGGGGAUUUUGACUAUGCCUGGCGGUCCGUCACCACUAUACUGUUCUUCCCGCAGACGCCAGCAGAGGGCGCCUCCACCACGGUCUUCGCCGCGGUCUCCUCUCAGAUGGAGGGAGUGGGAGGCGUGUACCUGUACAACGGGGAGAGGACGCGCUCCGCAAAACCGUCCUACGACCCCGACCUCCAGGCGUGGCUGUGGAAGAAGAGCUGCCAGCUGGUGGGACUGCAGCACGGUCUACACUGA